GGCGUGGGGAUGGCGACGGCGAAGGUGUCGGUGACAGAGGCUCCGGGAAGCAGCGAUCCCGGUCUGGACCAGGAGACGGCCCGGUGGCUGCUCUGGGACAAGAAUCCUUUAACCUCACAAUCGGUGAAACAGCUGAUUGCAGAUGGAGAUAAAGAAGAACUGCAGAAAUGUUUUGGGGCCCGCAUGGAGUUCGGGACAGCUGGCCUGCGGGCGCCCAUGGGAGCAGGGGUUUCUCGUAUGAAUGACUUGACCAUUAUCCAGACUACACAGGGGUUUUGCAGAUACCUGGAAAAGCAGUUCAGUGACCUGAAGCAGAGAGGGGUCGUGAUCAGCUUUGAUGCACGCGCUCACCCCCCCAGUGGGGGAAGCAGCAGAAGGUUUGCCCGACUUGCUGCAACCACGUUUAUCAGCCAGGGGGUUCCUGUGUACCUUUUUUCCGAUAUUACGCCAACCCCCUUUGUGCCCUACACAGUGUCACAUCUAAAACUUUGUGCUGGGAUCAUGAUUACUGCCUCUCACAACCCAAAGCAGGACAAUGGUUACAAGGUCUAUUGGGAAAAUGGAGCCCAGAUCAUCUCACCACACGAUAAAGGAAUUUCUCAAGCUAUUGAGGAGAAUCUGGAGCCAUGGCCUCAAGCCUGGGAUGAUUCCUUGAUUGACAGUAGUCCACUUCUUCACAACCCAACAACUUCCAUCCAUGACACGUACUUUGAAAACCUCAAACAAUACUGUUUCCACAGGAAUGUCAACAGGGAGACCAAGGUGAAGUUUGUGCAUACCUCUGUCCACGGUGUGGGUCAUGCCUUCGUGCAGUCGGCUUUCAAGGCUUUUGACCUUGUUCCCCCUGAGGCUGUGCCCGAGCAGAAAGAUCCUGAUCCUGAGUUUCCUACCGUGAAAUACCCAAAUCCUGAAGAGGGUCAAGGGGUCUUGACUUUAUCUUUUGCUUUGGCUGAGAAAACCAAGGCUAAAAUCGUUUUAGCAAAUGACCCAGACGCUGAUAGACUUGCUGUGGCAGAAAAGCAAGACAGUGGUGAAUGGAGAGUGUUUUCAGGCAAUGAGCUGGGAGCCCUCCUGGGCUGGUGGCUGUUUACUUGUUGGAAAGAGAAGAAGCAAGAUCAAGGUUCCCUCAAAGAUGUAUACAUGCUGUCCAGCACCGUGUCCUCCAAAAUCCUGAGGGCCAUUGCAUUGAAGGAAGGCUUUCAUUUUGAAGAAACAUUAACUGGCUUUAAGUGGAUGGGAAACAGAGCCAAGCAGCUAGCAGACCAGGGGAAAACUGUAUUGUUUGCAUUUGAGGAAGCUAUCGGGUACAUGUGCUGCCCAUUUGUUCUGGACAAAGAUGGAGUCAGUGCCGCCGUCAUCAGCGCAGAGCUGGCCAGCUUUCUGGCAACCAAGAAUUUGUCUUUGUCUCAGCAGCUGAAAGCCAUCUAUGUGGAGUAUGGCUAUCAUAUUACAAAAGCUUCCUAUUUUAUUUGCCAUGAUCCAGAAACCAUUAAAAAAUUGUUUGAAAACCUGAGAAACUAUGAUGGGAAGAACAAUUAUCCAAAAGCUUGUGGCAAGUUUGAGAUUUCUGCCAUUAGAGACCUCACGACUGGCUAUGAUGAUAGUCAACCUGAUAAAAAAGCUGUUCUUCCUACCAGUAAAAGCAGCCAAAUGAUCACCUUCACCUUUGCUAAUGGAGGUGUGGCCACCAUGCGGACCAGUGGGACAGAGCCCAAAAUCAAGUACUACGCAGAGCUGUGUGCUCCUCCUGGGAACAGUGACCCAGAGCAGUUGAAGAAGCAACUGAAUGAACUAGUCAAUGCCAUCGAAGAACAUUUUUUCCAGCCACAAAAGUAUAAUUUGCAGCCAAAGGCAGAAUAAAACAUUCCAAAACUUAUCUCCACUUAAGCUUAACCUGAUUAGCAGUAAUACUGAGGGCUGAAUGUAUUGAGGUAGUAGUAUUGAGGACCUUCUAGAUAGAUCUUCGUUUCUUGUUUUCUUAUGCUUGAUCUUUAAGGUAAAUAAAGAAAAGAGAGCCAAACGUAACAAACCAACAUUCCUUUAAAGAUGUUGAGCCUGGGUAUUACCUGAUAUUCAAAACUAGCUAACUCAAAAACAUCAGAAUGAAUAAUGCCUUAACUUUUGUGAAUGUAUAUCUUCUCUGUAAUUCUUUUUACAUGUAUUUGAAAUAAUGUGGAAAUCUAUGUGAUGACUAAUCUCCGAGCUGAUAAUCUAUAGGACUGCCACUUAGUUAUAUUUACAUUGAUGUGUGUAUCAAUUCUUUGGAAACUAAAAGAAACAGAUCAGCUAUUGUGCUUAUGUUUGUGCAUUUCCUGGAAACCUGGAAAGUGGGCCAGGGAUACUUCCAAACGGUAACUUCCUUAAACCUCCAACUUUUUUUGUUCUAAUCAGAUGCCCUUGUGGAUCAUACAAAUACUGGGAGAAGCAGCUUAAACAUCUGAUUUGUUGAUACUAAUUUUAUAUCUUUUUAAAUCUAAAGAACCAAGCAGUUAAUGAUUUGUAAUUUGUAAAAUCCUGUGUUGUUCAGUUUUUGGCUUAAGCAAGGGCUAGUGUAAUUCCUGGUCCUGAAACAGCACAGACUAUGAGCAGUAACUUGACUUGACUUUGGUUUUGUUGCAUGAUUUUUCUGAAAUCAGAAAUUGGCAUAGUCUUUUUUUCUAUACCUGUUUUUAAAUCUGUGCCUUUUAUUUCCUCAUGAGUUGUGAAUAUACAACCUUUCAGGGGACUUUAGUUGAGAAGCCAUGGGCUAGGAGCAAGCUAUUCUUUUAGAUUUAUGAUUUUCCAUCCAUCCAUUUCUACCUGUUAAAGGAAGUAAUGGCCAUUUUGUUAUUUACGGUCAAACUGAAUGUUUAUUAAGUUUCAGGACAAUGAAAUAUCACAGUGCUAGGACAGUCAUUUUUCUAAAUGGAAGGUAAACAUGCUUUUCUGUCUUAAUAAUACAUAGUUUGUGUCAUACUGGACUUGUCAAGUCUAGAAUAGCCAGUAUUUUCUGUCAACUGCCUCCUUGUAUAAGCUGUAUUUAUUUUUUGAUUAAAAUGCUUUCUAGCCUUAAA